ACAUUCGCUCAAGAAACCGACGAUCGAAGAUCCUAAUAUGUUGAAGUAUGUUUUACAAGAAUUGGCAAAGAAAAGGGGCAAGAGUAUUGAUGAAAUUGAGAAUGAUUUAAAAAGUGCAGAGGAUGAAUUGUACAUCAUUCCAGAGCAUCUUAAGGUGAAGAGGAGGAACUCAGAAGAAAGUUCUACACAGUGGACUACUGGGAUUGCAGAAGUUGAACUCCCUAUUGAAUUUUCGCAUGCAUCCAUCUCGAUGACGAUGAUGCUUAUCUCAACAUAUGGUGAGUCUCAAUCUGCCCUACAUUCCUAGUCAAGCAACCGUCUUGUAUUUAUUUAUUUAUUUUCAUAAAUUC